UGAGCAAAGCGCUCUUCUGAACCCGAUCGACCGAGUCUACUGUAGCAGUACAGUGUGCGCAGCGCGCAGUGGCAAGUUUAACUUUUAACAUUUCAUUUCGGAAAAAGUUCGCAAACACGACACGCAUCUUCGGUGGAUUUAACUCCGCAGGCGGAAAGACGGUGCGAUUUUCUUUUUCCACCUGGGGCUUGAAGAAGACAUCUACACUACCUAUCCAGUUCAGGAAGGUGCUGGUCCCUGGUGUCCUUAAGCAAUGAUAGAAAUCUCUGUGUGGACACUGAGAGCUCUUAUGCUUCUGGUGCUCCUGUUGCCAAGCUUAUUGGAGUGUCAGCAUAUCACAGUUCACAGGAAGGUUCCUACGAGGCCGGAGUACCAGCUGGACCAUGGAACCAGGGAGGGGGGGGUUUCAGGCUCCUGGGGCCAUUGGGGGCCGUGGGGAGACUGCUCACGGUCCUGUGGUGGAGGGGUGCAGGAACAGACUCGCUCAUGCCUGCUGAUUGACGACACUCUAGCCAACCAUCCCCCAGGACAAGCCCCUCUCCCCCUGACUCCUGGUGGUGUAGUGCCCAUGUUACACUCCUCUGGCCCCCUGCACCGCAAUCAAGUAUGGCAUUCACACAAUAGCACACACCCUGGUUCUCACCGAUCGAUGGGGAGCCACCCACAAGGCCCCAGAAACCACCGCCCCGGACACAGGGGGGGUCAUGGACGCAUCGUGCCGGGGAGGUACGGCUAUGGGCGGAUGCCGUACGUCAUGCCGCUGCAGACGGACACCGGCCAGCAGCAGAGCCGUCCACGGGGCCGCAGGAGGAGACAGGGCCCCUCAGUAGGGCCCCAACCUAAGGCCCGACACCGGGGACAGUCGUCGGGCUUCCCGCUGCAGACCAGCCGUGAUUUCAGUAGCCCCCAGCAGCAGCCCACUGGGUCUCAGGCCAUGGCGGGGCUAGCGGGGGCCUCACUUUACCAGGCUCCUAGCUCCCAGCUGGGCUCCUACCUUGACAACGGCCCAUCAGUGGCCCGCAGUCGGCCGCCUCCCGCUGUCUGUCCUGGGGCCCAGAAGCUGCACCGGAUGUGUAACACCAACGCCUGCCCCCCACCCGGCCGGCACAUCAGGGAGGUGCAGUGCUCCUCGUACAACAGCCGCCCCUUCAUGGGUCGCCUCUACCAGUGGGAGCCGUUCACAGACGCUCAGGGGGACCAGCACUGUGAGCUCAACUGUCGUGCUGUCGGCUUCCGUUUCUAUGUGCGUCAGUCAGAGAAGGUGAUUGACGGCACGCCAUGCGGCAGGAACGAAACGUCGGUCUGCAUCGACGGAUCGUGUCAGAGUCUUGGCUGUGAUGGCUUCCUGGGUUCAGGCAAAUUGAUGGACACGUGCGGAGUGUGUGGGGGUGACAACACAACUUGCCGGCUGGUGUCCGGGAUCUUCAAGCACAGCAUGAUAAAGAUGGGAUAUCACAAGAUUGUGGAGAUCCCAGAGGGGGCUACCAAAAUCAACGUCACAGAGAUGAUCAAGAGCAGGAAUUACCUGGCUCUGCGCAGUCGAUCUGGACGCUCUAUUGUCAAUGGACAAUGGGCCAUUGACAGGCCUGGGAAGUAUGAGGGAGUGGGCACCAUGUUCACUUAUCGCCGGCCCAAUGAGAUCAGUAGUACAGCUGGGGAGUCUCUGCUGGCUGAGGGGCCCACCAAUGAGAUUUUGGAUGUCUAUAUGAUCUACCAGCAGCCCAAUCCUGGGAUACACUAUGAAUUCUUACUUCCUGCAGAGAAUCCACAAGAUACCAAGAAUGAGGGGAACACUUUGGAUGGCGAGGGUGCAUACAUGCGUCCUGGAGGCUCAGACCAGGAGGGGUACCAUCACCCCCGAAAGGAACCUAACAACCAGGUGCUCCGACAACAUCAUGCCUGGAAGCGAGUCGGCUUUACAGACUGCACUGUCUCUUGUGGCAGAGGCUCCAGGCGUACAGUGUUCCACUGUGUCCAUAGUGCCACCCUCCAGCCUGUGGCCGACAGCUUGUGUGAUAGAACCACUCGGCCCAGCCCCCAAGAGGAGCCCUGCAACGUGGAACCCUGUCCUGCCUUCUGGGACAUCGGCGAAUGGUCUGAGUGCAGCCGUACCUGCGGUCCGGGCCAGCAGCAUCGGCAGGUGCUCUGCAGGCAGACCUACGCCAACCGGACCCUGAACGUGCACACGGGCCGAUGCCAGGACCUGGAGAGGCCAGAGACCACCACCUCCUGUCAGCUCAGGAUCUGCAGCGAGUGGCAGAUCCGCAGCGACUGGAGCACGUGCUCUGUCCCCUGCGGGGUGGGUCAGAGGUCACGGGAGGUACGCUGCAUCAGCAAUGCGGGCGACUUCGUGGCUGACGAGGAGUGCAACAUGAAGCUGCGACCAAGUGACACGGAGAACUGUGACAUGGGCCCCUGUGCCAAGAGCUGGUUCUUUACCGAAUGGGGCAGCCGGUGCUCGGCGGAUUGCGGAUUCGGGGUGAAGACCCGUGGCGUCCUCUGCUUGACCAAUCACGUUAGCAGCUUGCCGCUGGAUGGCUGUGGGCCAGAGCGCCCCCCAGAGUCCCAAGUUUGUAACAACGGGCCAUGUGAGAAUCAAAUAGAAUGGUUUACGGGACAGUGGAGUCAGUGCUCUGCAGACUGCGGCCAUGGCCGACAGCAGAGGGAGGUGGUGUGCCUGAUGAAGUCUGACAAGGGUUUCUCAGUUCUGCCCCCUUAUGAGUGCUCCUCCCUGGACCAACCCCCCACCCAGCAGAGCUGCCAGCUCAAGGCAUGCAGCGCCAAGUGGUACCACACUGAGUGGAGUGCUUGCUCCAAGACAUGUGAAGGCGGGUUCCGGGUUCGAGAGGUACGCUGCCUCUCGAAUGACAUGGUGCCCAGUGAGGCCUGUGAUGCACGGCUACGUCCAGAAGAACGAGAGAGCUGCAGCCCGGAGCCCUGUGCCCCAGAGAUCGAUGAGAACUGUCGAGACAAAUACUAUAACUGCAAUGUGGUCGUUCAGGCUCGCCUGUGCGUGUACACUUACUACCAGACCACCUGCUGUGCGUCCUGUACCCGCGGGGCCCAGCGGCACUCGGGGUACUGGGGGGCGAGAUGACUCUUCUCCCCGGGGGUGUCAGAACCUACUCUGGACCAGAGAGGAUGAUACAGAUGAUGUGGGUGUGCAGCUACAGCAAUUUUCAGAAAAUACUAAUCUAAUAAGCAAGAAGCACCUUGUGCUGGCUUAAGGAGGGACCACAAUACACAGACACAAAGGGCACAACUGAAAGCCUUCUCCUUUAAUGCUGCGCUGUUAGGGAAUCAUCCGGAUUCUUGGCUGGGAAUCGGAGCUGAGAGAGAGAGAGCGAACGGGAGAGAGCUGUGCCCAUCACUUACCUGAGCCCAUCACUUACCUGAGCCCAUCACUUACCUGAGCCUCAGAGAACCUGGGAGACAGACCUCACAGAGAUCCUGCUGUAGAGACAUUCUUCAGGGGAUCUGGGGUCAGCUUUCAGAGGGAGUGGAAGUGUUUGCAAUUUCAUUGGGAAGAUUUCGCAAAGUUCACACUCAAGGACUCAUUUUUUAAAAUACGAAUAUGUAUAAACUGUAUAGUGUUUUGUAUGUCAUGCCUGUAUUUAUAAAAUGGUGAGUUAUAUACAAAUGCCAAAUUUUCUUAAAUGUCUAUUAAACUGAUCACAAUUUAUUGUUCCUAAAUGAUUUUUAUUUCAAUGGCUCAAAUUGUCCAUCAUUGGCUUUCAGUGUUGGGCAGAAAGACUGAAUAAUUUAUUUUGGAUUAUUGGAGCACAUCCUGAAAAGGUCAUUUUGUACUCUGCAGCACUUCUCCGCUGAAAAUAAAUCCCAGUUUUCCCAUUUGUGAAAUAAAUUCACUGCAUUAAGUCACUUUAA